CCCCAAAAAACACUCUCUCAUGAUCUUAUAUUCAUUUCUUGAAGCUUUGCUUUUGUAUGAGCUCCCUAUGGUUUUCUUUUUCCAUUCAUCGCUCAAACACUACACUUUAGUUUUUUCUUUCUUCUCUUUUCUUUGUUGCUGAGAGGGCCUCAGAGAAAAAAGGAAGAAAGAAGAAACCUUUCCCUACUUUUCCUUCUCACUCCUACUCUAAAAUUCAGAGCCCCUCUCACUCCACUCCCCAAUUGGGUUUUCUCCAUUCUCUUCAGUUUCUGUCUUUUCUAAUUGGGGUGUGUUAGAAUUGGAAGAAGAAGAAGAAGAAAAAACAAGAACUUGCAGAUAUAAGUGAGCUUUCCUCUUUUUAAAUCCUGCUCAAGAUUCCAACUUCCAUUUUCUGAAAACGGUUUCAGUUUGGUUCUCUGUCUAUGAUCUUUGAAGCUUCCAUGGGUUCAGAUCCCAUUAGGGCUUCUGGGGUUUUUGGAUUUGGAGCAAGUUAAACUAAUUUGGUUUUCAAGAUUUCGUUUUCGAUUUUGAAAAGUUGGGUUCUUUUCUGGAUUCCUCAGAGAAAAGGUAUUCUGAUUCCCUUCAGAAUGCCCCUUGAUUUAACACUCAUUGCACCACUCUGAAAUCUCCACCUCUCUCUCUCUCUGCAUUUCCUCUUAAGGGUUCUCCUUCUCUUGCUCUGUUUCUCCAAAUUCUUUGCGUUUUUCGUUAUGUUAGUGUGAAUUGGAGCUCUUUAAUUCGAUCGUAUGAAGUUUGAGAUGGAGAUUCUGUCCCCUUCGUCCUACUCUUCGACUUCGAAAUGGCUUGUCGAAGAGAGCAAGAGCGCGAGAUGGACUUCGGCGGAGAACAAAAUGUUCGAAAACGCCCUGGCGGUGUACGACAGGGACACGCCUGACCGGUGGCACCAGGUGGCCGCGAUGAUACCGGGGAAGACGGUGAGAGACGUGAAGAAGCAGUACGAGGAAUUGGAAGCUGAUGUUGGCCAGAUAGAAGCAGGGUUAGUUCCGAUUCCGGGAUACAGCGCCUCUCCAUUCACAUUGGAGUGGGUGAACAGACAUGGCGGCUAUGAGGGGUUCAAACAGCAGGCUUGCGGGAUUGGUGGCAAGAGAUCUUCGCUGAAUCGCCCUUCAGAUCACGAAAGAAAGAAGGGGGUUCCGUGGACUGAGGAAGAACACAAGCUGUUCCUAAUGGGGCUGAAGAAGUAUGGCAAGGGGGACUGGAGGAACAUCUCGCGGAAUUUUGUGGUGACACGAACACCUACUCAGGUGGCUAGUCACGCACAGAAGUACUUCAUCAGGCAGAUUUCCGGGGGCAAGGAUAAGCGAAGAGCCAGCAUCCAUGACAUAACAACUGUCAAUCUCAACGACAUGAGAACUCCGUCUCCAGACAACAAAAGUCCUCUCUCUCCAGAGCUGCCUCCGCAUCCGAAUUCUGCUGCCACCGCAAGGGUUCCAUUUCAGUGGCAGCAGCCGCAAGGCGGUGGAGUAAACAUGGGUUUUAAUCAAGGGCAUGGAAAUAUGUUCAUGUCUUCCCAUCCUUAUGGGAUUAGUUCGUAUGGACUAAAAAUGCAGGGGCAGGACCUGCUCAAAGGUGCUGCUAAUAAUUCGUACUAUGGACCGCAAAAUUUGAGUUUCCAGAUGCAAUCCUCGCAGCACUACCCGCACGGAUGAUCUAGCAGCGGCAUCUCUCCUGUCCUCAAUCCUCUGCAGCUUCACAUGCCAUCAUAUGGUCUUUUAGUUCAUUAGUUUAGCUUGAUCUGAGCUCUAUUUUCAUGGUUUAAUGUAAAUAUGUUAUUCAGAACUUUGAGUUAGCCAAGCAGUAUUUGAGGGGAACAGGAUCCAAGUUUUUUCUUGGAAUUUCAAAUUAUGAAAGUUGAAGCAUCUCAAACCCUAUGGAUUUGAUGUUCUUGCCCCA